AUGACUACACAACGAAGUUCUUUGUACACAAAUGAAGAAGACAUGCAUCUAUGUCAUAUUUAUCUUGAUAUUUCUCAAGACUCGAUUUUAGCUAUUGGCAAAUUGAGGGGAUACGUAUGUCAAAUUGAAAAUAUGAAUCCAAGUGGUGCUUCUGAGCAAGAUAUUAUGAUUCAAGCCAAAAUGUUACUAGCACAAGAUAAAAGUUACGAGAAAGGUUUCAAAUUUGAUCAUGUGUGGCCUAUACUUAAGGAUAUUGAAAAAUUUACAGAUAAUGUUAACGCCACAGAAGUAUUUCAAAGGCAAAUCGAUAGGUUUGAAACACAAGAAUCAGAGACUCCCACUUUAAAGUCUCCCCAAUCGAUGCCUUGUGACAUAUCGUCAAAUUCUCUAAACAUAAGUGAUGAAAAUAUUGGGGGUAGUUCAGCUCAACGACCCCUUGGGCUCGCUGCUAUUUUCAAUUGGGGCAACUCAGCUAGGGCACAAAAUUAUGAAAUCCAAAUGAAAAAAUUGCCUUUGGCAGAAUAUCAAGAAGAUAACAAAAUUUUAUUCAAGGAUUUGAAUUCUAUAACCGAUCCAAGCCUACGUGAGUUUUUUUCAAAAUCAGCACAACCAGCCUAA